CCACCAACCCUGCGUACCAUCUGCCUCCAUUCAUACCAUCACUUGAAUGAGUCCUUGGCCAGUCAGCCAUCGAAACAAUGGUGUAUACCGUGACCGUCCUCUAUCCCAACGAAGCCGAUGCAAAGUACGACCUUGAGUACUAUCUCUCGCAUCAUUUGCCUCUUGUCGAUCGACUUUGGAGAAAAUAUGGCUUACAUGGCUGGACUGUCGUGAAGUAUGGUCCGGGUGUCACUGAAGACCGAAUUCCUUACUCCUUCGGAUGUGUGCUCUUCUAUGAGAACGACCAUGCAGCGAAGCAGGCAUUCCAAGGCCCUGAAGCUGCCGAGGUACUGGGGGAUAUUUCAAAGUUCAGUAACAAGCAGCCGUUGUUUUUGUAUGGUGAGAGAAUUAGCACGGGAGGUUCAGUUGGCCGAGUUUGAUAUGUUCUGUGUUGGGCAUGCAAAAGAAGCUAUGGUGCUCCGUCUGGGACGGAAGACAUGUAUGUAAACCAUAUUGAGAGAUUCUCGACGCUGAUGGAACGAUGCUUAACGCGACAGCCUUUAUGGGUAUCGAUCAUAUGAGGAAUUGAGUGUAAUGUUAUUCCAUCUCUAUCCAGG